AGCGCUAUAGCUGAGAGAAAAUGACGGUAUGCUGCGAUUCCAGUCCAGCGAGCGGCAAAGGCGGAUCUUCUCCCUGCUCGUCUCCGCGCGCCACUGACGCCAGCGUCAAUCGGAGAAAAGUUCCGUGCAAGAGGUACAGGUCGACCAAGGGGGCGUCCAAGGCCCGGAGGGACCACAUCAACUCCGAGAUCAGGAGCAUGCGCCACCUGCUGCCCAUCGGGCGGGAGGACCAGGAGCGCCUCUCCUACCUGCACUCCAUGUCGGCCAUCUGCACCUACGUCAGGAAGUCCCUCUUCUUCCAGGGCCUGCAGCCUGAGGAAGGAGAGAGCUCCUCUGGGCUGUAUGCGGGCUUCCUGCAGGCCCUGCCUGGCUUCAUCAUGGCGAUGACCAGCGAGGGGAAGCUCAUCUACGUGUCAGAGAACGUGUUCGAGUACCUGGGCCUGUCAAUGGUGGAUCUGCUUCAAGGAGACAGUUUCUAUUCCAUGGUGGAGAGGAAGGAGGUGAACAUGGUGAAAUCACAGCUGGAGGAUCGCAGUGCUGAAGCAGUGGAAAAAGCCUUCGUGUGUCGGAUGCACGCCUCCAAAGCGUUCCGCGUGCGACAGGGCGGCAGCUGCACCGUGCUGGUCCGGGGGCGCUUCCAGCCCCCCCCGCCGUCCUCAGCGGGGCGCCCCGAGCUGGACGGGGCCUUCGUGGCCCUCUGCACCCCGACAGUCAACAGGCUGAAGGACGACGACCUCCGCGAGCUCGGCCAGACCUUCCGCACCACCCAUCGGCUCGACAUGGCGGUCGCGCACGCGUGCGAGAGUACGCCAUUUUAUCUUGGCUACUCGUCGGAGGACAUGAUUGGUCGAUCCUGGUACAACCUUCUGCACCCAGCGGACCUCAAUUUAGGGAUAGAGGCACACAAGGUUUUGUUGCAGGUGGAUGACGGGACACCAGUGGAGAUGGUGCUCAGGCUCCAGUGCAGGGAUCUCUCCUGGAAACGGCUGUACGUUCGAGCUGCAAAGGACUCUGGGAAGCAGACUGUGAUCUGCACCAAUCAUAUCAUCAGUGAAACAGAGGCGGAGUUCCUGGUGCAGAAAAUCUACACCGACAUCCACGGACUCUCCGGAUUCACCCAGCUUCAGAAUUGCCCCCAGAGACCCGCGAUGCCCCACGUCUGCCCGUGUCAGGGCAACGGCACCGUCGCGGGGCUAAAGAGACCGAGGUUACCCAGCAGUCCGAGCGAGCAGCCCCAAAACAAAACCAGCAGGCUCGAGGACCCCGGGGAGUCCGACUCAGUUCCGACCAGCCGGGCUUGUGCCGGGGGCAGUUCCCCGGACGACCACCAGAUGGCGACGUCUCCGACCUCGUCCCACAGCCCCGCUCCCUCCCAUUCGCCCCCCGCGCAGGAAGACGAGGCAGAGUCGGACUUCCUGCUGGACAUCUGCUACUACACCGAAGACCUGCUGUCACUUCCUGUCUACCUCCCCUUCCAGGACUCCCGCUGCGGAUCGUCCGGCCCCCUGCCCGCCUCCGACGCCCUCCAGCCAAUCGCAGGCCACGGCUUCCCUCCGAGUGACGUCGGCGGGACGUCUCCUAGCCCCUCACCCUCGUACGAAUUCCCAAGCUGCCCCGCUGACGCGCGAUUGGUCCCUGACUGCCUACCCACCCCCGACGCCGCCAGCGACGGGCUGUCGGACUGCUCCUUCCACCCGGAGCCCCUCCUCCAGCCCGCAGACGAGGCAGGGAGCUCUUACUUCAUCCCGCUGCCCGACCCCGCCACGCCGAUGACCUCCGACCUCUCCCCCACGCCGGGCGCGGUCAGCGGCAGCGUAGCGUUCCCGUACAGCGAGAAGGAGCGGCGGGAGAUCAGCGUCCUCGCCCGGCAGAUCUCCUCGUUGGCCAGCAGCUUCGACACGUACCGCUCCGCGGGCCAGGCCCGAAGCCUGGGGAACGGGUACAAGAAGGCCCCCGCGGACCGCGGUGGCUGUGGGAGAGCCUCCGACCUGACCGCCCCGGGGGCUGGCGCCGCAGGCCGAAUGUUCAGCUGGUCGCAGUCGACACUGCACCCGGUCAAACCGGAGCUGGUUCUGGACGAGGGCGUCAUCGACAGCAUCCUAAAGGAUCUGGAGCGGGUUCCCGGGGGAGACGCGCUGCCCUGCUCCAGGCCCGUCUCCAGCUGUGGUCCGGGGGUCGGUGUUGGGCCCAGGAGUGGCCAGCAGACCCUGGGUGCUGCGGACGUACUCUCCUUCGCUGCCCUGGUGGAGGACCUAUCCCGCGAGCAGCCACCAGGCGGCGCCACUGCAAUGGACACGCACAUCCUGCCACCAGGACUCCGAGAGAACAUUGAGUUGAAUCAACUCAACCACUUCUUACGCAGGGACCUCCAGCAUGGUACAAGUACAGUCAGAUAUGCCCAGGUGUAG